UAAAGAGUGAGUGCAGUGAUCUGUGUACAGGAGUGUCUCUCUCUAUCUCUCUAUCUCUUUAUUUGAACACCUGAUACAGUUAACAGUUCGCCUCAACGACCUUCUCAACAGUUUCCCAGCAUAUAGACUCCACCGCAGCAUCCCAGCAGACUGCAGGUGAAGCCGCAGGGAUCUCUGGGUAAUCCUCCAGGAUGGAGUCCCCCAUGAAGCCGGUGGUUCUCCUCCUCGCACUCUGGUGCUGCUGCAGUGCUCAACGCACUGAUUACAUAACUCCAAAACGAGGCAGCUUUAAUGGAGGAACACGAAUCAUGAUCCAAGGAAGCGGUUUUGCCCAGGAGAGACAGUUCCAGCUGUUUCCAAAAGACGAUGACUUUGGCAACAGUGUGUUCCUGGUGUCAGACAAGCUGACGGUCCCCUGUGAUGUGGAGAGAGACUCAACACACAGCAACCGGAUCACCUGUGUCACCAGAGCCAUGCCGCGUGAUCGCUACAUGGUCCACGUCAGUGUGGACGGCGUUCCCAUUCCUUACAGCAAUUUGUGCCGCGGCAGGUACCAAAUACACCACUGCAGCUUCUAUACUGUUUGGUACCGCACGCCUACUAUCAAGACUCUGAGUCCAGUCAGUGGUCCCCCAGGCAGCUUGGUGACAGCGCGAGGACUUCUCUUCACUGAUGUGUACGGAAGCAACACUGCCAAGAGCUCUAACGGCAAUGACGCCAGUAUUCUGAGAGUCUACAUGGGAGGGAUGCCGUGCCUGCUGCUUAAACCGGAUUCAGAUGAACUAUAUAACCUACGAGUGGACUCUGAGUCUUCUAGCUGGGGAGACAUGAGCUGCAAAAUGACGGGGACGUAUGUCGGGCAUCACAAUUUCAGUUACAUUGUUAAUAAUGAAUAUGGAAGGAGUAUGCCAUACAAGUCUCUGUACAGGGUUUCAGCUGCGAACACACUCGCCAUGUUUCAGACCUAUGCGGAGGUGACAGGAGUCUCCCCGUCCGUGGGCAGUGUCAUGGGCGGAACCCUGUUGACCAUUCACGGCCGCUUCUUCGACCAAACCGAUCGCCCAGCACGUGUUCUCGUUGGAGGCCGGCCUUGUGAGAUCCAGAGUGUGUCUGAUGACAGAAUCACGUGCAGGACCCCCAAACACGAGAUGAACAGCCACAUGUCAGUCCACCCAGGUGGAAGAGGCUUGAAGAUGGAGGUGUGGAACGACACAAGACCCCGCUUCCUGACUGACAUUUGGACCUACAAUGAGAACACAACUGGAUAUUGGACAGAGUGGAUCGACUCCAUGCCCCACAUCUUUGACCUGAAUUAUUUCAGCUCACGAUCCAGAGGCUUCUUUGAACCUCCAGCAAGCGCCAACUACACCAUAUACCUCCACUGUGAUGACCGAUGUGAGCUCUACCUCAGCAACUCCAGCCGCCCAGAAGACAAGGCUCUGAUUGCGUUCCAGACAAGAUAUUACUCAGAUUUCACGAAAACGGAAUCGCAAAAGUCUGAAGUACUUGCUCUAGAGGGAGAUAAAACCUACUACUUCGAAAUUCUGCACCAAGACUAUGGAGGUCUUGCUAGGGUCGACAUCGGCCUGUUCCGAGAGGAGAGUUCCUUCACAGAAGACCAGACGGACGACGCUGUCAAUGAAAUUCAGGAUAUCGUGGCUGAAUACGACGUGUUCGAUGAGGAGCAGGUGGUGACCUUUGAAUCCUGGCCCGGCGAUGCCACUGCCGUCAAAGAGGUCCAGAAGGUCACCGUCAGCAGCAGCUGUGCCAGCCAUCUUUGCGGCAGCACCUUCUUCAGCCUGGGCUUCGGAGAUGCAAAGACAGGACCGAUUUCAGUCACCGCCUCAGCAGCUGUGGUGGAAGCAUCCCUGAGGAGCCUUUGGUCCAUCAAACCCGACACAGUCCAGGUCACCAAACAGGACGACAGCCAAGGAUCUCACUACACGGUCACAUUCGAUUCUGACAGAGGGGAUUUCAGACCUCUUCACUGGGAGGUUUUUGGCUCCGACACCAACGUCACUGUUGCCGAGGUUACAAAGGGGAGAAGCAACAUGGAGACCUUCACUCUGCUCUGGGGGGGAAUCCCUACGAAGCCCAUCGCCUUCAAUGCAACGGAGUCUGAGGUGCAGUCGGCUCUGGAGGACAUGAUGAAAGCCGAGUGUCCCGAGGAGAUCCUGACCACCGAAGGGUCUGAUGUCAAGUACUUCAAAGACUUUGAGGAUGACAACUCUCAGUUCAAUAGUGCCGGGGAAGGGACUCCAGUGAAAGACUCUGCUUUCUGUGGCCUGUGGUCGCUGAAGAACGCCGAGGUCCUUUUCAAAGAGAGUUACACCAAAGAGUCCGGCGGCAGCUACGGAUCAGUUUCAUUGGACAAGUAUCCCAUGCUUUGCUUUGCGUACAAGGGAGUGUUGAAGGAUGAAGUUGGAAUGAAGUUCACCUACCGCGACAGCGGAGGCGAAACCAAGACAGAGACCGCAACGGUCAACACUCUCUUCACCAAGGGCCACAAGUGGGGUUAUAAAUGCAUGGACCUGCCAACGUCCCUGCAGACAGAGUACAUUGGAAGCAAAUACGUUCUGCAGGAGCUUUAUCUCUACAAAGAUGCCUCUGGUGCAGAUUUCUAUGUGGAUGCUGUUCACUUCGGAAAGACACCCACCACAGUUUAUGAAAAUGAUGUUCUCCUCAAGAGGAGGCCUCCACCCUUUGAGAGCUCUGGUCGUUCCUUUAAGGAGAUCGCUGUCACCAAAGACGCAUCAGCUGCGUCACAGAUCAGCUACGUGAUCAAAGCCAUGCCACAUGAAUGCGCAAUUGAUUUCCCACUGCUAGGAGUCGGCUUCCUGCAGAUGUCCAACAGCAGCAAGGACAUGGCUGAGUUCAGCGAAGGAGCAGCCAGCGUCAGCAUCACUCGCCCUCACAGAGCCAGCCCUCCUCUGAACGGCACCUUCGAUGUGGAGAGCUACGGAGGCCGAGCUGAAGGUCUGUCGGUGGACAUCGGUGAGGAGGACCUGACGUACGCUCUGCAGGGGAUUGCGGGGAUGGGACAGGUCAGCGUUUCCAUGCUGGGAACCUGCAGACGCCCCAAAUGGAGGGUCAAGUGGCUCACUAAACCUGGAGCCCAGCCUCUGAUGCAGGUUGAUGACUCGUCGGUUUUCGGGCAGAAUGCGGUCAUUUCAGUGCGUGAGAAGAAAAAGGGAGGAUUGUUGACGCGAAGCCUGACAGGAGAUUACUUUCGUGUCUGGGAACGCACACCACAGGUGGUGGUCAAAAUCAACGGCAUCACCUCAAAGUGUUCUGGUGACUGUGGGUUUGAAUGGUCCGAGGACAAGACUCCAGUUGUGACUGGAAUCAGCCCGUCUCAAGGAUCGAACGGCCUGGAGACUCUUCUGACUGUCACUGGGACCGGCUUCAGUAGUGAAAACGCCUCCAUCGUAGUGGGAAAGACCCGGUGCCAUGUUGAAGAGAUCACCGCCACCACUCAGGUGUGCAGAUUGGGCAACGCCAGCGCCGGCACCUACCCCGUGUUCGUCAGCUUCCCCUCUCUGGGGAACUCCCGCUACGCGGGAGGCAACAUCUUCCACUUCACCUACCAGCUCAUUGUUUCCUCUUUCUCCCCGCUCUCUGGGAGCGUGGCAGGAGGCACACUGCUGACAGUGACAGGUUUCGGCUUCAGCCAGAACGCCAUGGUGACUGUCGGUGGUGACGAGUGCACCGUGGUUCAUGCCAGUGACACUGAGCUGAGAUGCAGAACGCCAGCAGGGACUGCAGGAUCACAGGCCGUCACAGUGAUGGUGGGAAACAUGACUCAGACUGCCGGCAGCUCCUUCAACUACGAUACUAACCUCACACCCCAGAUCUCAGGCCUGAGCCCCCACACCACCACUGUGAUCGGACGUGAAGUUCUCACCGUCCAGGGCACCAACCUGGGAGGCCAAGACAAUGACAGCAUCGCGUUGGUAGGCGGGAAGGAGUGCGUGACUGUGCAGUGGACGGCGACGAGUGUCACCUGUCGUCUCCCCGUGCUGCCGCCCGGCACGCACAAGGUGGAUGUACAGGUUGGAAACAAUGGCUACCCCCAGACAAGCAACGGUGUGAACGCCACCAUCGAAUACAUCCUGGAAAUCCACAGCAUCUCCCCGCGGCUCGGCUCCUUGAUGGGAGGAACCAGGCUGACUAUCUCUGGAUCUGGUUUCAGCAACAACACAUCUGACAACAAAGUCUCCGUUGGAGGAGCAGAGUGUGAAGUGAAGGCCGCCUCAGAGAAUGAACUGCAGUGUGUUCUGCAGUCGGAGGAGGAGACCCGCGUUGUCACCAACCAGGGAUCCCACCGCACUUAUGGACAGGGGUACGCAUGGAGUCCUGCCUCACUGACCGUGUUUGUUGGAGACACAGUAACGUGGCGUUGGGAGGCGCCAGCCCUCCAGAGCGUCGCUUACCGGGUCUGUAGUGUUUCCAGUCCAGGUGAAACCACCUGCAACGGGGGACCAUUCUCCAGCGGAAACACCAAGACACCCAAAGGGUUUUUCGCCUACCGCUUCACUGAUCCUGGUGUGUAUUACUACAGCAGCGGCUACAUCGAUGAUGCCAACACCAAGCGACUGCAGGGAGUGGUGAAAGUCGAGGCUCGGGAGGAGAAGAGCAGCGUGGUCUCCGUCAGCGUGGGAGGCAUGGAGGCCAGACACGUGACAGGAGGUUCACGGCGCGUCUCCAGAGCGGCCUCGCAGUGCGUCGCCUCCCCACAGUGCCCAGAGACCAACGCGACCUCGGGCGGCCUUUCCUUCAGCGCCUCGGCCUGCUCCACCCCCACAGUCCACUCCAUCUCCCCCAACCAGGGCUCCUACCACCAGAUCAUCCACAUCCAGGGCCAAGGCUUCGGAGACACCGCCUGCGCUAACGAGGUGACGGUGGGAGAUCAGCCCUGUGAGGUGAUCAACAGCUCUCACUCUGAGAUCAACUGCCGGCUCAGCAGCGGAAGCGGACUUCCCGUCGGCGUCGCUCACCCCGUAGCCGUCAGAGUCAACAACCUCGGCGACGCCGUCAUUGCCGUACCGGACGAGCUCGGCCGCCGCUUCGUGGUCCUGCCUGUGGUCGACUGGGUCUCGCCCCCCGUCGGCAGCCCCACCGGCCACACGCGGCUGCUCGUCCACGGCUCCGGCUUCGCCGAAGGCCAGGUGACCAUAGCCGGCGAGCCGUGCUAUGUCGUGUCAGUCAAUUACACCUGCAUCACCUGUGACACCGCUCCCUCUCAGCCGCACACCGGUGAUGUCGUCUACCACUGGGGCAGGAUCCAGAGCUCCUGUCAUUCAAACUGCUCCUUUGAGUACUCUUCCUCCGUCACUCCCACGGUAUCUAGCAUUUCCCCCGACGGCAUCAGCGGUCCGACCACCGUCACCGUUUCCGGCUCGGGGUUCGGCAGCCGCGUGGACGACGUGGUGGUCUUCGCCGGCGCCUCAGAGCUGGGAGUCACCGCCGUGACCGAUAGCAAUGUCACGCUGAGCGUCAACGCUCUGCCUGCGGGCGACCACCCGGUCACAGUGAUUGUGAGAAGUAAAGGCCUCGCAUCCGGCUCCGUCACCCUGAGCAGCCGCGCCCAAGCCGCCCUCGACCCCGACGCCGGCAGCCUGGCGGGAGGAACCCCUCUCGUCUUCACUGGAAACGGCUUCGCUCCAGGGAACACCAGCGUGACGGUCGGCGGAGAGCCCUGCAGGAUCCAGGAGGUGACGGCGGGUCUGCUUCGGUGCCUGACGCCUCCUCACAGCGAGGGGCUGGUGACCGCCAACGUCCAGGUGUUUUCGGUGCAGUAUCCUCCUCUCAACUUCACCUACUCAGCAGCCCACACUCCUGUCAUCAGCUCCAUCAGCCCCGCCACUGGGCCGAGCGGUGCGGUCGUCACACUGACCGGUUCAGGAUUCGGCAACGACUCUCAACACGUCUCUGCCACCAUGAACCACGUCCCCUGUGUCGUGUCCACGGUCUCUGACACACAGGUUCAGUGCACCGCAGGAGACAACCCAGGGGGGGCGUACCCAGUUGUGCUGCAUCACCAGGUCAAAGGUCACGCCCAGUCAACUGUCAUGUUCAUGUACGAGCUGUCUCUGAGCAACGUGCAGCCCAGCGAGGGCAGCUGUGGCGGCGGCGCUCUGCUGGCGGUGCAGGGUUCUGGGUUUGACCCGCUCAACUCCACCGUGACCGUCUGCGGAGAGGAGUGUGAAGUUGACAGAGAGAUGUCCACGCCGUCACAUCUGUACUGCCUGUCUCCGCCCAUCAACGCCACUCAGCCGGCGGUGAGCUGCGUGGUUGCCGUCGUUAACCAGCUGGACGCCGUCAACAUAUCGAAUGGCUACACCUACAAAUCUGAGUUGACUCCGGUGAUCACGGAGGUCUCUCCACGCAGGGGAGGAACCGCUGGAGGCACCCGGCUCACAAUCAGCGGCUCCGGUUUCAGCACCAACAUGAACGACGUCAAUGUGACCAUCGCCGGCUCCGUGUGUGACGUUCAGUCCGUCAACGACACACACAUCAUCUGUGUGACGAACUCUCAGCGACAGUCUCAAGAAACCAAAGUCCGAGUCAGCAUCGGAGACGGAGGCAUCGCCAAGAUGGAUAAUGCAGACUUCUUCUACAUUGACGUGUGGUCGUCCAGGUUCACGUGGGGCGGUCUGUCUCCACCCGAGAAGGGUUCGUUUGCCGUCAUCACUAAAGGCCAGACCAUCCUGCUGGACACCAACACCGAUGUGCUGAAAAUGCUCCUCAUCCAAGGAGGGACGUUGGUGUUCGACGAAGCGGACAUCGAGCUGCAGGCAGAAAACAUCCUGAUCACAGACGGCGGGCUGCUCCAGAUCGGCCAGGAGGGGGCGCCGUUCCAGCACAAAGCCAUCAUUACGCUUCAUGGAAACCUGCGCUCACAAGAACUUCCUGUUUAUGGAACCAAGACGCUGGCUGUCAGAGAGGGAGUGCUGGACCUGCAUGGUAUUCCAGUUCCUGUCCCCUGGACCCACCUGGCCCAGACGGCAACCAACGGCUCCGUCACACUGACUCUGAUGAAGGAGGUGACGUGGAAAGCUGGAGAUGAAAUUGUCAUCGCCACAACGGGCCACAGGCACAGCCAGAGAGAGAACGAGGUCAGGAGGAUCGCCGCCGUGUCGGCCGACGGCAAGACCAUAACCCUGACCAAACCGCUCGAGUACACUCACCUCGGGGUGACCGUCACGCUGCCCGACGGUACGGUGUUUGAGGGCCGAGCCGAGGUGGGUCUCCUCACCAGGAACAUCGUGGUACGAGGCUCCCAGCACCAAGAAUGGGACGACACGAUCGAAGCCUGCCCCGCUGGCUUUGACACAGGUGAAUUCAGCACCCAAACCUGUUUCCAAGGAAGGUUUGGAGAGGAGAUCGGCAGCGAUCAGUUUGGAGGCUGCAUCAUGUUCCACGCACCCAGACCAAAUGAGAAUCUCGCAAUCGGCAGACUGGAAUAUGUUGAGGUCUUCCAUGCAGGACAGGCCUUCAGGCUGGGACGGUAUCCCAUCCACUGGCAUCUGAUGGGAAACAUCGACUUCAAGUCAUACGUGCGGGGUUGUGCUAUCCAUCAGACCUUCAACAGGGCCGUAACCAUCCAUAACACCCACCGGCUGCUGGUGGAGCACAACGUCAUCUACGACAUCAUGGGCGGGGCCUUCUUCAUCGAGGACGGCAUUGAGACGGAGAACGUCCUGCAGUACAACCUGGCCGUGUUUGUCAAACAGAGCACCAGCCUGCUGAACGACGACGUCACCCCCGCCGCCUACUGGGUCACCAAUCCCAACAACGUCAUCCGCCACAACGUCGCUGCGGGGGGCACCCACUUCGGCUUCUGGUACCGCAUGCACGAACACCCCGACGGCUCGUCCUACGACAGAAACAUCUGCCAGAAGAGGGUUCCCCUCGGGGAGUUCUACAACAACACGGUGCACUCUCAGGGCUGGUUCGGCAUUUGGAUCUUCAAAGACUUCUUCCCCAUGAAGGACGGAGGCUGCCGCUCUACGACCCCCGAGCCUGCCGUCUUCCGCCACCUCACCACCUGGAACUGCGAGAAAGGUGCCGAGGGGGUCAACGUGGGCGCCGUGCAGUUCAACAACUUCGUCAUGGUCAACAAUGAGAAAGCCGGUAUCGAAUACAAGCGCAUCAUGCAGUGGGCCGUGAGCGGCUUUGGAGAGGAGGGAGGGGCGACGAUUUCCAACAGCACCAUCGUGGGCCACGUGGACGAGCUCGGACUGGGAGCUAACUACUGCACGCGUCGAGGUGUCAUCGCGCCGUUGGAAGACGGCCUGAGUGUCCUUAACACCAAGUUCAUCAACUUCAACCGUGGCUCUUGCGCAGCCAUCGGGGUCGCCAGAAUCGAUGGGACGUGUGUGGAUCGGUGUGGUGGCUGGGCUGUCCGGUUUAGUGGUAUCCAGUACUUCAACUCACCCCACAAGGCCGGCUUCAGGUGGGAGCACGAGGUGCAGCUGGUGGACAUUGAUGGCUCCCUCACAGGAAACAUCAACUACAAAGUCGUGCCUAUGAGCCCCUUGCUGGACCCCGCUCACUGUUCCCAGAGUGCCGACUGGAGCGUGGGUUUCCCCGGUGCCGUGUGUGACCACACCGUCGACUUCCAUCGCUUGUCGUUCAACAACCCAUUACCGACCUCUCUGAAAGCCAAGAAUGUCAUCUUAACCAACUCAGAUGGCUCCAGUGUGAUUCCCUAUCUGAAGAAGAGAAUGACUCAUAAGUAUGGCUGGAUGGCCAUGCUGCCCUCCAGAAAAACGUACAACUGGUACUUUGAAGAUAUGGAUCACAUCACCAACAUCACCUAUGCUGCAAAGUUCUACGGCUUUGGCUCAGAUCAAUAUGUGAUCAUCAACCACAACUUCACCCAGAGUCCAGACAGAUUCCACAUCAUCGAUGAGAGGAACGGCUCGUUGACGCCGCUGAGCUACAGCAACAACAACAACGGAGACUGGUACUUCGACGACAGCUCCAACGACCUCUACUACAUCGUAUCUGGGAAGACGAGCCUGCGCAGGCGUCGUGCCAGCGUCGACCGUUCCUUGAUGGACUCCGCGGUGGAUUUGGGGGUCUACCGCUGCUUCUACCCCAACUGCAUCCCACCAACACCAGCACCUCCGGCCACACUUGCCCCCCUACCCGGCCACCGGCCUGACAACUUCAUUCGGUGGUCUGAUGCCUCUUUCUGGAAUGGUUCGGCUGAAAAUAACUUCACUGUCCCAACGGAGGGCGCUGAUGUGGUCAUCCCAUCAGGGACGUGGGUCGUAUUGGACAGUAACACCCCUCCCCUCAACAAGCUGACGGUCAUUGGAGUUCUGGAGAUCGACGACAGCAUGAACAGCUCGUCCUCCAGACACGCUCGGGCUGCACCUGAAUACAGCACUGUGGUGCUAGACGCUGUCUACAUCUCCAUCCAGGGCGGCAGGCUGAUUGCAGGAUGGGCCGACGAGCCGUUCAGAGGUCAGCUGCACAUCAGACUGAGAGGGAACCACCGCACGCCUGACUGGCCUCUGCCCAGCGGACCCAACCAGGGCUCCAAAGUCCUGGGUGUGUUUGGUAUCCUGGACCUCUACGGACAACCUCACAACGUGUACCACACCAAACUGUCUGCCACCGCUGACGCCGGAUCCAACACUCUGAACCUGUCGCGGUCUGUCGACUGGCAGGUUGGAGACGAGGUCGCCAUCUCAACCACAAGCUACAAUGCGUGGGAGACAGAAAAACAUCAGAUCGCCGCCGUGUCAGCAGACGGCCGGGUCCUGACCCUGAACCGGACUUUGAUCCACACUCACAUCGGUGAGACUCACUCUGUCUCAGGUACAUCGUUGUCCUACACUCUGGCAGCUGAUGUCGGUCUCCUCACCAGAAACAUUAAGAUCAUGGGUCAGGAGUAUCCAGAAAUGAUGGCGGAGUCGUUCGGAGCCAGACUUUUGGUGGGCAGCUACUCCUGGGCCGGAGUCGACUACAAAGGCAAGGCUCAGAUCAGAAACGUGGAGUUCUUCCAAUCUGGUCAGGAAGGCUGGACCGACGACACCGACCCCCGUUACUCUGUGGCCUUCCUCAACCUGGGAGAGGUUUCAGAAGAAGACUCGUACCUUCAGGGUUGCGCUUUCCACGACGGCUUCUCUCCAGCCAUUGGUGUCUUUGGGACGGAGGGACUGAAGGUUGACGACAACAUCGUCCACCGCACCGUGGGAGAAGGUAUCAGAAUUUGGGGUGACAAGAUAACAGUGAGGAGGAACCUGGUGAUGAUGUCACAGUGGCCUGGAUCUUAUCAGGACAGAGAGGAGCCCUUCAACUACGCCUGGAACGCUGCCAUCGAGGUCAACGAGGGGACAAAUGUUGUGCUGCAGCAUAACAUCGUGGCAGGUUAUGAGAGAGUCGCAUAUCGCAUUGAUGGUGAACCAUGUCCAGGUUAUCCGAACGAGAACGAGAAGUGGAUUGACAACGAGGCUCACGGCGGGCUGUACGGAGUCUAUCUCAACAAAGACGGUUUGCCCGGCUGCAGCCUCAUCCGGGGCUUCUUCGUCUGGAGGAGCUUUGACUACGGCAUCUACUUCCAGACCAUCAUGAAUGUUAUUGUUUCCAACGUGACCCUGGUGGACAACGGGAUGGGCGUCAUGCCUAUGAUCUUCGCUCCUCCUUCUGUCUCCCACGUAUACGCCGACAAACCUGUACACAUUCAGAAUGCCUUGAUUGUUGGCAGCAGCCCGAACUUCGACUGUUCAGCCACGUUGCCCAUCAGUGACUUUAAUAUGCUCAUCAGCGAUGCCCAUCGAGCUCCGAGACCUCUCACAGGUGGCAGAUCUGGAAUCUGUUGGCCCAAUUUUGGAUCUAGUCACAACACUGCUCCAGCAAAGCCCCAUCAUGUGAACAACAACUACAACGCCAUCAAAGGACUGAUGAAAGUCAUGGACACGACGUUCGUCGGUUUCCGCGACGUCUGCUCCAGCGAGAUGAACUUCAUGUUCCUCACCAACCCGAUCAACGAGGACCUGCAGCACCCUGUGCAGGUUUCAGGCAUAACGCAGGUUGACAGCACAGAGGAGGCCAGAGUCUUCAUCCACAGGCCAGAUGUGGGAAAAGCGAACCCCUCCGACUGCGUGGACAUGGACUGCGAUGCGAAGAAGAAGAGCAUUUUGAAGGACUUGGACGGUUCGUUCCUGGGCGCGGUGGGAACUGUGCUGCCUCAGUCUGAGUAUGAGUGGGGAGGUGAUGCCAGGAGAGGGCUGGGCGACUACCGCAUCCCAAAAGUCAUGCUCAGCUUCCCCAACGGCAGCCGCAUCGAUGUGAACCAGAUCGCUCCCCACAAAGGUGUGAUCAGGAAAGGCUGCACGUACAUGAGUUCCUGGCAGAGCUACAAGUGUUUCGGGCUGAACUACAGGAUGCUGGCGAUCGAGAGUCUCGACUCGGACACGGAGACCAGACGCCUGUCCCCCGUCGCUGUGCUCGGAGACGGCUACGUGGAUCUGAUCAACGGUCCUCAGGAUCAAGGUUGGUGUUCAGGUUACACCUGCCAGAAGAGGGUGUCUCUCUUCCACAGCAUCGUGGCCACCGGCCACUCCUUCGACGUCUUCUUCAGCAGCGUCAGCCCUCAGAAACUUCGCCUCAUGAUGCUCAACGCUGAGCCGUCCGAGAGCGUCGUGGUGUCAGUGUUCUACUCCAAACCGCAGCGGUUGGACGUGUACGUUAACAACAAUCUGGUUGCUCCGACUAACGCUCAGUGGAACGCUGACAACACUGACUACACCCUGAAGAAGCCCAUCCAGCCAGGUCAAUACGUCCCCCAGCUGAACGCCACUGUGGGCGCCAACUUCUUCGACCCGGACUACAAGAUGCUGAAGGUCGUGGUGAGAGGCUCCCAACCGGUGGAGAUCCGAACCGCCCCGGUUCUCUUCAUCUCCUUCGAGCUGCCCGCCAUGACCGAGGCGGAGUUCUUCGGAGACAGCCUGAUUCAGAACCUCGCCACGUUCCUCAAAGUCCCCGCGAAUAUGAUCCGGAUCACCAAGAUCAUCCGGGAGGAUGGAGGAGCGCGGCGCAGGAAGAGAUCCACGGGCCUGAAGGUGGAGGUGGAGAUCAAGAAACCUCCAGUCCAGCAAACCACCAACGCCACCAACGAUGACGAGGACUUUAACUUGUUGAGGAGCGUCGCUGAUGAUCUGGGUCAGGCGGCAGUUUCCGGAAACCUCAGUCAGUCCAUCGGCUUCAAUGUCUCUUCAAUGGGCGUUGUCCCGGCCUCUCCUCCACCAUCUGACCCCGAGUGGAAUGAGGAGGCCUCAGCAGAAGUAACGAGGGAGGAGCCUGAAGUGAGCUACGUGUCCAGCGUACACGACCUGCUGCUGGUGGCGGAGCCGAUAGCCGGGGAGUUUGUGGGUCCUCUGGACCAGCAGCCCAGUCUCAUGGCUGUGGAUGAGCAGGGUAACUGUGUCUCUGUGGGAGUGACGAGGCUCACUGUAACAGCCAGCCUGAAGGACUCCAGCGGGAGCAGAGUAGGCGGACUGGAAGGAAACACCACCAUCCUGUUCAGCACCUGCUGGGCAAACUUCACCGACCUGGCCAUUCUAAACAGCGGUGAGAACCUGACCAUGGUCUUCACUCUGAAGGAGUGGGGCGCCCAGUCACGCUCCUUCACCGUCAAAAACACUCCGACCACCCAGACCCCGGUGAUCGAGCCAGCGACCGAGCCAGCGACCACCCCCGACGGGAGUGUCUUCGGCUCCAGCACCGCCGUGUCUGCCGGCAGUCUGUGUCUGGUGAGCGUCAUCUACGCCGUGGCCUGCUGCUCGGACAACAUCCCCAUAUGCUAGAUAGCUCUCUGAGGGUUUUAUGAAGGAUACCUAGACCUUUACACGCACAACUCUGCUGAAUAAAACAAAUGUAAUCCUGGAAUAUAUUAAGCACAUGGUGGGUUUUUCAUUUCCUGUGGGCAAUUUUUUAUUAAAGGGGACCUAUUAUGCUAAUUUUCAAGUGCAUACUUGUAUUUUGGGUUUCUACUAAAACAUGUUUACAAGCUUUAAUGUUCAAAGAAAUGCUUUAUUGUUCUCAUACUGGCUGUGC